UUCUCACGUAUUAUUUCUUCCUCACACAUCUCCAAAAUCCCUAGAAAACAAACCCUUCUCUCAAUUCUUCUUUAUCUCUCUCCGCUCCACUCUCCAAAUCCUUCAUAUCUUUCUCUCUCUCCACACCCACAUUUUGAAGCUCAGAUCUCAAAGAAAGGAUUUGAGCAUUUUCCUGCAAAAAAAAAAAAAGAAAAAGAAAUCCCCAUUCUCCAAAAUCUCUCAGGUUUUAGAGAAGAACAAGGAAGAAGAAAGGUGAAAAAGAAAGUGGGAUUUUGUGGAAUCAGAUGUCUCACAUAUGAGAUGAAGAGCGAUACCCAUUUCAACAUUCAUCUUUUCUUACAUUUUUUCUUCUUCUUUGGCACUUUUCUUUUGUGCCUUUCUUCUUCUUCUUCUGCACUUGAAGAGUUUCGUCAAGCUUCUAGCCAUGGAGGACGUGGUCUGACUGAUGCUGAAGCUCAUUACAUCCGUCAACGGCAACUCCUUUACUACAGAGAUGAAUUUGGUGACCGUGGUGAAGAAGUUGUCGUCGAUCCUAAACUUGUUUUUGAAAACGACAGAAUUAGAAAUGCUUACAUAGCAUUACAAGCUUGGAAGCAAGCGAUUCUGUCUGACCCUUUAAAUCUUACUAAGAAUUGGGUUGGAUCUGAUGUUUGUCACUACAAAGGGGUUUUCUGCGCUCCGGCGCCGGAUAAUUCGUCGAUCCGUACAGUCGCCGGAAUUGACCUUAACCACGGCGACAUUGCCGGGUACUUGCCUGAGGAGCUUGGUCUUCUUGUGGAUCUUGCAUUGUUUCAUAUAAACUCCAAUCGGUUCUGUGGGACUGUUCCUCACAAGUUCAAGAACUUGAAGUUGUUGUUCGAGUUGGAUCUGAGUAACAAUCGCUUCGCCGGGAAGUUCCCUCGGGUGGUUCUUGAGUUGCCGGAGCUGAAGUUUUUGGAUCUGAGGUUCAACGAGUUCGAAGGGACGGUUCCCAAGGAGCUCUUUGACAAGGAUUUGGACGCCAUUUUCAUCAACCACAAUAGAUUCCGGUUUGACUUGCCGGAAAAUUUCGGUAACUCGCCGGUUUCAGUUAUUGUUCUUGCUAAUAACAAAUUUCAUGGGUGUGUGCCGGGGAGCAUUGGGAAUAUGACGAGAUUGAAUGAGAUUAUUCUCAUGAAUAAUGGCUUUCGAUCAUGUUUGCCUUCGGAGAUUGGGUUUCUGAAAAAUUUGACAGUGUUUGAUGUGAGUCACAAUGAGUUUUUUGGGAAGUUGCCGGAGACGAUCGGUGGAAUGGUGAGUUUGGAGCAGCUGAAUGUGGCGCAUAAUUUCUUGUCUGGGAAGAUUCCAGACAGUAUUUGUAAAUUGCCGAAUCUGCAGAACUUUACUUACUCUUAUAAUUUCUUUACGGGAGAAGCGCCGUCGUGCUUGGCAUUACCGGACUUUGAUGAUCGGAGAAACUGUAUUCCAGAACGACCGGUUCAACGCUCUGAGAGGCAAUGUAAGUCGUUCUUGUCUAAGCCUGUGGAUUGCAGUUCUUUUGGAUGUCCUUCUUUUGUUGCUCCGUCGCCACCUGUGGUGGUGCCAUCGCCGCCACCUGUGGUGGUCCCUUCUCCGCCACCUGUUGUUGUACCAACACCAUCGCCACCUGUUUACCCUCCACCGCCACCUAAAUCCGAGUCACAUCCCAUUUACCGACCACUCCCUCCGCCGCCGCCGCCGCCGCCAUCCCCAUCUCCCCCUCCCCCGCCUGUUUUCCCUCCUCCACCUCCACCAUCCCCACCACCGCCGUCUCCACCUCCACCGUCCCCACCACCGCCAGUUUACUCUCCACCCCCACCUCCACCAUCUCCUCCACCGCCUUCUCCACCACCCCCAUCACCCCCACCGCCGCCCCCACCAGUUUACUCACCCCCACCUCCACCUUCACCGCCCCCGCCAUCUCCACCACCACCACCACCUCCGGUUUACUCUCCACCACCACCUCCACCCUCUCCUCCCCCGCCAUCUCCUCCCCCACCAUCGCCGCCGCCACCGGCACCGGUGUAUUGCGUCCGACCAUCACCCCCACCUCCACCACCAAACUCUCCCCCACCUCCUCCUCCCUUGUUCUCUCCACCCCCACCUGUUUACUACUACAAUUCACCGCCACCUCCCAACUCUCCACCACCCCCACCAAUGUACUCUCCUCCACCACCGCCACACUCGCCGCCUCCUCCUCCACAUUCACCACCACCACCAAUCUAUCCUUACUUAUCUCCUCCACCUCCUCCACCUGUCUAUUCUCCACCUCCCCCUCCACCGGUCUAUUCACCGCCUCCCCCACCGCCGUGUAUAGAACCACCCCCACCUCCUCCGCCGCCGUGUAUAGAAUAUUGAACCCCCCCACCACCCUCACCCUCCCCACCUCCGCCCAUCCAAUACCUUCCUCCGCCGUCUCCUUCACCACCUCCACCCCCAGUUUACCAUUCACCUCCUCCGCCGGUCUAUUACUCUCCACCACCACCACCAUCAGCUUCGCCGCCUCCGCCACCUGUAUCCCCACCACCAUCACCUGUAUACGAAGGCCCAUUGCCACCAAUCUAUGGAGUUUCGUACGCUUCCCCUCCACCUCCACCCUUCUAUUGAUUCUUUUGAGAAAUUUUCCUCCUCUAACCUUACCUCAACUCAACCAUAGAAGAAGGAGAAAUUUACACCAAAUGCCCUCUUUUUAUCUUCUUCAAUGUAUUAAAAGAAUUUCCCAAUCUCCCUCCAUUAUUAUUUUUUCUCCUUGAGCAAUGCUCAUCGCUCUUUGAGGAAGAAUAAUCAAAAAGACUUUUUAAGGAUUAUAUUUAUUUCUGCAAGUUAAAAGCGGCCGUGGCCAUGUCCAUCAUGUUCUUCUCUCUUACGAAAACCUCAAUUACUUUGUCUAAAGAUUUGGAAAAAAACAGCAAAAAAAAAGAAGGCAUUUUAUUAUUACACAGAGUGUAAGGUAAGAGGGAAAGUCUCUUCUUAUUUGUUUGAAUUGUUAUGGAUAUUUGAAUUUGUGAAAUAAAUGGCAGAGAAGAGUAGAAGAAGUGCAGAGAAUGUUUAUGUUUCAGCAAAAAAGAAAAAAAAAAUUGUAUGUAUAGGGAUGAAUUUGAAGAACUAUAAUUCAGAGCAACAAUGGGAAAGCAGUAGUUUCUGCUGCUGCUGCUUUCUGGUUUGUGGUCUUUUUAUUUUUUUGUUUUUUUCUUUCUUUAUUAUACUUUUGUUUUUCAAUUUAAUAGUAUAAUCAUGAACAUUUUACUUGUAUCAGAUUGUCUGAAUUCAGAUUAUAUUA